GAUCACGUGGGCGGCGGCGCGGCGACGUCACGGCGGCGCGGAGAGGCGGCAGCCGUCGCCCGGGCGACACGCGGGCGGCGGGGCCUGAGCGGGCCGGGCGGCGCCGGGGGGGCGAUGCCGCAGGGCGGCGAGGUGCCCCCGGCCAAGCGGCUCAAGGCGGCGCUGCCCCCGCCCCGCGCGGCCAUGCUGCCGGGCUCCCCCGCGCCCCGGCGGCCCCCGCCGCCCGCCGACUCGCAGCGCCGCGGCCUGCCCAUCUUCCAGGCGCGGGGGCCGCUGCUGAGCCAGCUGCGCGGCCUCGACAGCGCCGUCCUCAUCGGAGAAACAGGCUCAGGAAAGACCACUCAGAUCCCUCAGUACCUCUAUGAAGCGGGAAUUGGCCGCCAGGGCGUCAUUGCUGUGACCCAGCCUCGCAGAGUAGCAGCUAUAUCUUUAGCCACCAGAGUCUCGGAUGAGAAGAAGACAGAGCUGGGGAAACUGGUUGGCUACACUGUACGUUUUGACGAUCUUACGUCUGAUGAAACUAGAAUCAAGUUUCUAACCGAUGGGAUGCUCCUCCGCGAAGCUAUCGGGGACCCCAUGCUGCGGAAGUACAGCAUCGUCAUCCUGGAUGAAGCCCACGAGAGGACGAUUCAUACUGAUGUGCUCUUUGGGGUGGUGAAAGCAGCACAGAAGAAGCGAAAGGAAUUGGGCAAACUGCCACUAAAAGUGGUCAUUAUGUCAGCUACGAUGGAUGUUGACCAGUUCUCCCAGUACUUCAAUGGAGCUCCUGUUCUCUAUUUAGAAGGCAGGCAACAUCCCAUUCAGAUCUUUUACACCAAACAGCCUCAGAGCGAUUAUCUCCAAGCAGCGCUGGUGUCAGUCUUCCAGAUCCACCAGGAAGCACCUUUUUCUCACGACAUCCUGGUAUUUCUGACUGGUCAGGAAGAGAUCGAAGCAAUGACUAAAACCUGUCGAGACAUUGCCAAGCAUCUCCCUGAUGGCUGCCCACAGAUGACGGUGAUGCCUCUUUAUGCUUCUCUGCCCUAUUCUCAACAGCUCCGAGUCUUUCAGGCUGCCCCCAAGGGUUAUCGCAAAGUGAUCCUCUCCACAAACAUUGCAGAAACGUCCAUCACCAUUGCAGGAAUAAAAUAUGUUGUGGACACAGGCAUGGUCAAAGCAAAGAAGUACAACCCUGAAAUUGGUCUGGAAGUGUUGGCAGUCCAGCGUGUGUCGAAGGCCCAGGCCUGGCAACGGACAGGGAGAGCAGGACGAGAGGACAGUGGGAUCUGUUACCGGCUCUACACAGAGGAUGAGUUUGAGAAGUUUGACAAAAUGACAAUACCUGAGAUACAGAGGUGUAACCUGGCCAGCGUGAUGCUUCAGCUCCUGGCCCUGAGAAUUCCGAAUGUACUCACCUUUGACUUCAUGUCCAAACCAUCUCCUGAUGCUAUUCAGGCAGCCAUUGAGCAGCUGGACCUGCUGGGGGCUGUGGAACGAAAGGAGGACCAGCUUGUCCUAACCCCCCUGGGAAGGAAGAUGGCAACCUUUCCACUGGAACCAAAGUUCUCUAAAACCAUCCUCCUGUCCCCUAAGUUCCACUGUACAGAAGAGAUCCUGACCAUCGUAUCACUGUUAUCGGUGGACAGCGUCCUCUACAAUCCCCCAGCCCGGCGGGAUGAAGUGCAAUCCGUCAGGAAGAAAUUCAUCUCCAGUGAAGGGGAUCAUCUUACCUUGCUCAACGUGUACAGGGCCUUCAAAAAUGUCAGUGGCAACAAGGAAUGGUGCAAAGAGAACUUUGUUAACGGCAGGAACAUGAUGCUUGUGUCAGACGUCAGAGCUCAGCUCAGGGACAUUUGUGUAAAGCUAUCAAUGCCAUUGGAGUCUUCCCGCUCAGACACCGGAAACAUCCGCCGCUGCCUGGCUCACAGCCUCUUCAUGAACGCCGCGGAGUUGCAGCCGGACGGCACUUACGCCACCGUGGACUCUCACCAGUUGGUGGCUAUCCACCCCUCCUCCGUGCUCUUCCACUGCAAGCCGGCCUGCGUGGUUUACAACGGGCUGCUUCACACCAACAAGUGCUACAUGCGGGACCUCUGCGUGGUGGAUGCCGACUGGCUGUACGAUGCAGCCCCCGACUAUUUCCGCAGGAAGCUCAGAACAGCCAAGAACUGACCUGGGGGUCACCACCGGGUGCAGGAUUUUUAGGCUCACUCAGUAAGACUGUUUUUUGUUUUGUAAUGAACGUAUGGGAAUGGUAGAGCUUUGCCUUGUAAAUCAGGUAAAAACCUUAGAGGAAAGUGGCUUCUCUGUGAGAGCCAGCCCUCACAAGUCUCCAUGGCUUAGAACAAUCAUCCUUUAUAGCAGUUAAUCUGUAAAAGGGGAACAUAACUACUCUGUGUGUGUGUGUGUGUGUGUGUGUGUGUGUGUGUGUGUGUGAUAAAUCUGUGUUGGGGGGCAAGGGGAGCUGGUAUCCGAUUCCAGUUUUUAACACUUACUGAAGUUUAACGAGCUUGUAUAUGAAGAAAUGAAAUCCUAAGAGCUCUUCUGAGCAGACUUGGUAUUUUUUGAUGAUUGUGCUUGUAUCCUUAGCAGGUUUUAUUGGCAAAAAAGGAGAAAAAAAGUUUUAAAUCUCUACGUACAGGGAAAAAAUGCCUUUUUAACUAUUUCUAGAAGGGAGGUGCUACUGUCUUUUACCUUAUCAAACAUCUUCCUGCCUGCAUGUCAUGUUCACCACAUCAUUUGGGACCAUCUGAAAGCUAGUAAUGGGGUCACCUACUUGGACAGGUCUUUAUUGCCUGUGUCUGUGUCUCAGGGGCUGGUAUUAUUUUCUCGAAGGGGCUGUCCAGCCACCUGUGCAUUUGAUGUCAUCUUUGUUUUCCCUUUUACUGCUAGGGCAUGUAAUUCCUCAGUGUCUGAUGCAUGUGGAGGAGGCAGCCGUAGAUUCUCAGUAUCUGCAUCUCACCACUUUGAACUACAGGGCCAGUCUGCUCUGUCUGGAGUGGUUUUCUUCCUCUAGAGAGCCAAACUUCUUAAAACAGGAGGAUGGACUCACUCCUGGAAAGGAUCCAGCAUCUUAGCAGCAAACACUUAUGUCCUUCCCCACUCUGUGUCUGGACACUUCUGGCUUUGGAGUUGGCACACUGUCCACAACAGCUAGUCAGGCUAAUUUGAGGCGAACUCGGCAAACCAAGUAUGAAGAUGUGGUUUAGAGUCUCGACUUCCUUUAAAGGCACUGAAAUCAUCAAAUGUUUCUUCUGCUCUGAAACCGGUGCUUCCCCCCCACUUCCAGCCUCCACUUAUACUUUGGCUCUCCACUAGAAGUUUGGAGUUUAGCAUUGUUUGUCAAAAACCAUAGAUUCGCCAUUAGUAAUUCUUAUUUGCAUUUUUCCAUAUCCCCUUGGCAGCUAGCUAUCUUCUUUUUUUUUUUUUUUCCUGUUGGAGAGAAGUGGCAAUAAGAAACUUAAUCCUCUUUUUAAAUAGUAGAAUUAAGGAACUAGAACCACUCCAAAGGUAAAACUUGUUCUUUAGCAUGAAGGAAAAUGGAUUUGUUCCAUUAUGGCUGUGUGUGGGUGGAGGAAAAUCUCAAGUUGUUUUUAAAUAAUAUCGUAAGUACUUCUAAAAUAACCUCUCUGGGAGAGGUAGCUUCCAGUUUCAACAGAGUCUGUUGACACAGUGUAGUAAUUUAUAUAGAUUUUGGAUGAUUUGAACUAAAGCAGAUUUGUUAUACGAAACGGUGUGAGAGGAAGCUGGUCUGUAAAUGCAAUGUCAUUAUAUAAUAUAGUGAGGUUAGCUAACGUGGGCUGUGAUGGGGUUUUCACCCCUUGACUAAAGUGGUGUUCAGUUCAUUCUUGUAUUCUUCAAGCAUCAACUUAAAAACAACUCAUGACAUUUUAAUGGGACUGCUCAGGGCUGCAGUCAUAUUGGCAAGCCCUUAUUCACUCCAUUUGCUCGGGGAGUAAGUAAGCUAGUGGCUUUGCUCGCGUGACCUGUGGGAACAAGCUGCACUUUCCAUUUAAUAAAAUGUCCUUUCUGGUUACACACCUCACGGUUACACAGUACACUGUAAUAUGCCUUCUCUUUGGGUGUCCAAUACUGACUUACCUUGGUUCUCUCUUUGAAAACUGGGGCAAAUACCACCUCUUCUUUUGAAGUGGAAUUUCACUUGUGCUUAUCUGCAACUUGCUGUCUCCAAAGCGAGUAGGAAUCCAGUUAACCAAGAGCAGUCUCGUCUCUCACCCUGUUCCUGGGAAGGACGGUACCGAAUGUUUGCGGGGUCCGGUGGAAGUGGACUCGCAUCCCCACGUUGCGCCUCUUUGGGGUAUUGUUCGUGAGUGGUAAAAACCACACUGGUGUGCGGGGCACAGGCCACGGUUGUCACUUUUGUAUGUAUGACCAGCUCCAGUUUUGGAUUGGUAUUUCAAGAUUAUGCUGUUAUUUCAAUUGUUGUAACUCACACAAACUGCAGGGAAUUAUCAGGGCACUGUAUGUCACUAUUCCUUGGUUAUGCAGACUGCAUCUGUAGGGGAAAGUGGAGUAAAAGCACAUUUUGUUUGGGCAGUCUAAUUAAGCAGACUGUUUGAGGAAGGGGAUGGGGAACUGAUUUAGAAGUAACUAAUUUGUAUGUUUUUUCCCAUAAUAAAGAGUGAUGGCUAAAA